AUGUCUUUUGUUCUGGAACGCCUGCAGUGGGAUGAAUUGACACGAAAACGUUUGUUACGUCAGCCUCUCGGACGAUCUCGUUGCAUUCUGUCCACAAGUUUAUCCCAAAGACAUUUGUGCUCAGGCUUCUGUGGUGGUAAACGUUGUGCUCGCUGUCGCCCGUUUCUGGCAAAAUCCACGGAAAACACAGCCGUGGCUGGACUACAAGCAACAUGGAUAACGCCGAAUAUUUUGGCUACCUCUCUUUUCAAAAGUCAGUUUGUUCUAUCCAUUCAUAUAUUCUUUAAUGAUGAACUGACCAGAAACUCCAUUGUGGCUAUUUUCAAUUUACAAGAAGCAUUUGAACAUAAUGCAUGUGGAGAUGGUGUUGGCGCUUCUGGAUUCUCGUAUGAUCCUUACGAAUUCAUGAAACACAAUAAUGGUGAGUCCCGCAUUUUUAUUCGAUUUCAUUUUGGCUGUGGAUCUGUCGACGCAAUCCUGGAUGCGGUCACUGUGAUGCAAUCCGCUUUGAUGGCGGGCAAGAUAGUCGUGCAUUGUCACGCCGGUUUAGGUGAUACUCGAUUUGCAUCGAAACAAAUUGUUUGGCAUAGGUCGAACUGGGGCUCUAAUUGCCUGUUAUUUGAUCUACAAUAA